AUGUUGCAUCGUACAAGAAGUCAAGAAACUAUAAGCACUUUAACCAAUGAUCGAACACCAUCAUCAUCAUCAUUGUCGUCGUCAUUGGCAUCGCCAGUACCCACACGCCAGCGACUUCAUCUACCACAACAGGAAUCAGAUGCCAAUGAUGCCAAUGAUACCGAUGAUUUCGAUUCACUGUCUGAUUUGAUAUCGUUCAUGUCUCAGGACACUUUGAUUCAACCGCAAAUGAAAGUUCUCAAUCAUGCCGUGACUGAGUUUCGAUUUAUUAAAGAGAUCCCCAUCCUUUCAUGCUUUUUACAAACUGGAGUUCAUUUAUACCCUUCAUGGUCGGCCAUUAGUCGCAAUCAACCAAUUUUGACACGACCUUCAAAGUUUAUCAAUAACAUUUUCAAAUUAAACAGCCCGUUCUUGGUGAUUGAAAGUUACACCAAUCUGGCAAACCCCAAGCUCCUCAAGAGCCAGACAAGUCCUCCCACCUCAUCUUCCAGACAAGUAUUCUGUAGAGUUGAUUUCAAGAUCCAAUCGACCCGCAUCACAUACUAUGUUCUCACUUUCCCCACUUUGGAUAAAUCGAUAUACUUGAUAAACAACAACAGCCAUGCACCCAGUGUUGAUUUUGAAUUAAAUGGAUCGUAUUUUAGAGUAUUGGGAAUCACGGGGACGACAUCGGCAUUGGGGACAAGUGGGUUGAUCAAGUUGUACGUGAUGGAAAACUCGCCUGAUUUAUUGACUUAUGAUACUCAAAUUGAUUACAAGAAAAAGAAGUUGACUUUUGGCAAAGAUAAUGAGUUGAAUCGAUUGAUUAAUAGUCAGAAUCGAGCAGCUAUAAAUGAAUCAAUGCAACGGGCAAAGAAAUUGUUCAAUAUGCCCGUGGCCCAAUUUAUGGACCAUGGCGAUGUCAAGAUAAAAAUAGAUCAUAAUGGUGUUGAAGCUAGUGGUCAGCAUCAACAUCAAAAACUGCAACAACAGCACCAUCAUCAUCAUUCAAGUGGAAACAGUUUUGUCAAACAUGGAAUAAUUAAAAUGUUUGAUUACGUUGGUGGAAUUGGAGACCAACAAGAUGAAAUGAGUCAAGAAAUGAUGAUGAUUUGUUGUGUGUUGUUGGUGUUGAGGGAGCAGGAAUAUCGCAAGUACAAGGGUGAUAAGAAACCACAAUUGAUUUAG